UUUGUGGGCGUCGCGGGCCUCGAGGCCCACCUCAAGUCCCUCGAGGAGAUGGUGCUCCUGCCCCUCAAGCACCCGAACCUCUACGCGUCCCUCGGCGUGGCGCCGCCGCGGGGCGUCCUCUUCCACGGGCCCCCGGGCACGGGCAAGACGCUCCUCGCGCGGCAGCUCGCGGAGGCGUGCUCCGCGGAGCUCGCCCACCCCGGCGGCGUCUCCUUCUUCGUCCGCAACGGCGCCGACUGCCUCUCCAAGUACGUCGGCGAGGCCGAGCGCGCGCUCUCGACGCUCUUCGAGGAGGCGCGCGCGAAGGCGCCGUCGAUCAUCUUCUUCGACGAGCUCGACGGCCUCGCGCCCGCGCGGGGCAGCGGCCGCGGCGGCGGCGGCGGCGAGCUCGCCCAGCACUCCGUCGUCGCGACGCUCCUCGCUUUGAUGGACGGCUUGAGCGACCGCGGCGACGUCGUCGUCAUCGGCGCGACGAACCGGCCGGACGCGCUCGACCCCGCGCUCCGGCGGCCGGGCCGCUUCGACCGCGAGCUCAAGUUCGUCGCGCCCGACGCGGCCCAGCGCGAGGCCAUCCUCGCGCUCCACACGUCGUCCUGGGCGCCCGCGUCGCGGCCGCGGCCGCCCCUACUGAAGGCGCUCGCGAAGCGCUGCGGCGGCUUCGCGGGCGCGGACCUCAAGGCGCUCUGCGCCGAGGCG